AUGGAACUCGAGUCCAAUAUCGUCCUUCAGCGUCCCCUCUCGCGCUGUGAACGAGGACCAGGUCUGAUCCUCAUUCGGCCUUCAUCCUACGCAGAUUGCCAGAAAUAUAAUGACAGUCUCGACCCAGUGCCUCUCCAGAAAUGGGCCGAGGAGAGUUUUUCGGUGGUCCAGAUCACCUUGAAUGCAGACUCUAGCAAAGACCCGGUCAAGGUGCGGGACGUGAUCAAGAUAGCCAAAGACGGAUUGGCAAAUCUGGAGGAUUGUACGGUCAGAGACACGUUUGGCCUCAUAAUCUACGGUUCCAGGACAGACUAUGCCCCUCCUUUCGCUGUCAUUUUGCCAGAUAUUAUGAAGGUUGAUAAAACUCUAGCAGUGGCAGUUUGUUUUGACUCUUGGGGAACCUUUGAAGAAAGGCCAUCUCUCUUGCAUGCACUGAACGGGGUGGAAGUUCCAGCUCAGGGACUGAGCCAGACACACCGGUAUAUCGAUGUGGCUUCUCCCGGCUUCAUAGUCCCCGGACAUCCAGACUUUAAAAUCUCGACGGCGAGUGUAGCCCACACUCGCAGUCUAGGGUUCCUCAAGAAGCAUCUCGGUGGGCCUUAUUUUGACCUCGAGGCGAUCUGGGAUGAACACACCUACUAUGAGUUUGGCGAUCGGUCGGUCGACAAGACUAUGGCGACGAUGGUCCAGGAACCAUACGUGAACCACGUUCCCACGCUAACAGGAGGCAUCGGGCGAACUCGCCUGAGUCAUUUCUACCUCAAUCACUUCAUUUAUAGCAAUCCCGAUGACACCGCACUUGAGUUAAUUAGCCGCACGGUGGGCACCGAUCGAAUCGUGGACGAGUUCAUCUUCUGUCUCACUCAUAAUAAGCAAAUGGACUGGCUACUGCCAGGAAUUCCGGCGACCGGUAAAGCGCUUCGAAUUCCUUUUACUUCGGUGGUCAACAUCCGUGGUGAUCGACUGUAUCAUGAACACAUUGCAUGGGACCAGGCCACCGCGCUGGUGCAAUUGGGCCUUAUGCCCGAAUAUCUGCCCUUCCCGUACGCUCUACCGGAUGGAUCGGUUCCAGCUCCCGGCAAGAGAUUUGAAUACCGUGUGCCGGCAGCCGGCGCCGAGUCUGCCGAUAAGUUGCAAAACGAGCACUCGGUGCCUUCGAAUCGAAUGUUUGAAUACAAGAUCCGCGAGGUGGAUGACAAGUAG